GGAACUGUACCAGGACGAGCCAGGCCAGGCUGUUUGCCCGCAAGUUAAAAGCAGCCUGCGCUCCCAGCAUUGAAGUCCCCGUCGACCGCGCAGACUUCUUCCCUUUCUCUUUCCCACGACUCACACCGCUUCUGUUUCCGCUCCCAAUCGCGGAGCCUAAAAAUCGCAAUUUCAGCCGCUUUCACCUGAUUUACAGCACUCUAGCACUGGCGUUCCCCGCAUAGCUGAGCGCUUGGCACAGCGACACAGCAAACGCUCAGUGGCAAGGCCCGUUUUGGCGUUUUCACUCGAUGACUUCGCGCCAACAAAUCGUAUGAGGUUGGGGAGGGAUCACGACAACUGCGAGAUUUAGGGUUCGGCAUCCCGCCCAUACUGCUGUACUCGCGCGACGAUGGGGAUUGCGGACCUUCUUGGGGCCAUCACUGGCGAGAAACCCAGCCCAUCACCGACCUCAAACCCCACAUCGCGACAUAGCACGACGGCACCCAAACGAAAGGCCGAGGAUGAUUUGCGUAACACACUCCCAAAGGCACCGCGCACUGAGACCACUGCAGAUGGGUUAUCGCGGCCCAACAUCAGCUCCCCAAAACCAGCUUCCCGGCCGAUAGAUAAGCCCACAACCGCUUCCGGAAGCACAUACUCUGGGUCAUCACGACCACCAGUCAAAUCGACGACUGCGUCAGCAACCAGACCAAGCACAGUUGUGACCAAUGGCACCCGUCCAGGUGUCUCCUCCAAUGGCAGCAAGCCUCUGCCAUCGCGGCCUGUUGCUAACCGACCAUCACCAUCGGACUCGGGUCCCCCAAAGAAGCGGUCAUUUGCAGAGAUUAUGGCGAGGGCACGUGAGAACCAGGAGGCACGGGAAUCGCUUGGCAAGAUCAGUCACAAGCCAGUGGAGAGGAACCUGACCAUGAAGGAGCGCAAAGAGCUGAAGGCGGACCAGGCAAAGCAGGCCAAGGUCGCCGGCAGGAAAGGCUCUGCAGCCCCCCCUGCAUCAUCUCGAACAGCUCCAAAAAAUGGAGUCGAGCGGAAUCGUGUGUCUCCUGGAGCCUCGAGUGCCAAAGCGAAAGCAGCGGCCGAGGAGGAGAACAAGAAGAUCAAGAAGGCUGCCUUGGCGACAACUGGUUAUACCGGCACAGCACGACCCCGGCCAGGUGCUACCACCAAACCAAAGGCUAGCAGCAGCGGCCCUGAUCGUGACCCGCGAGACAAGGUACGCGAACGUCCCCGAUAUGGCGGCUCUCGCUCAAGAUACGAGGAAGAGGACGACGACCUGGACGACUUUGUUGAGUAUGAUGAAGAUGAAGACGACCCGUAUGCCUAUGGCCGUCGCGGUGGAUAUGACGACAUGUCGGAUGAGUCUGACAUGGAGGCUGGUCUUUCCGACAUUGAAGUCGAAGAGACGGCGGCUGAACGUCGUGCUCGCCUAGAGGACAAGCAGGAAGAGGAACGCGAGAAGCGGCUGAAGCGCGAGAAGGAAGAGCGAAAACGCAAGGCUCUAGAGGCCAUGAGAGCCAGCCGGCGUUGAUGAUACUUUUGUUUUCAUGUUUGGAGUUACGGUCUUGGGACCCAGGAUAGAGGCUUCAGGGGCAGGCCGGUGCAUAAGGGAACAACGGAAGACUGGAUUUCUGGGAUGUUUCAGCAUGGCGCAGUGGUUGCAGCAACUGAGAUACCGCAUCAGCAUUGGAGUUGGGUUUUUGUGUCCUAGGUAUUGCUCAAACAUACUUGCAUCGUAGCA